AUGGAAGGAGGAAGAAAGAACGCAUCAUUUAAACUUAUUGUGCUUGGUGAUAGUGGUGUUGGUAAAACAUCUCUAGUAAUUAAGCAAUGCCAAGAAACUUUUAGUUAUCAGCGCGCUCCUACAAUCGGAACCACACAUAUUAAAACCGUAAUUCAAAUUGACGACUAUGAUGUAGAGCUUAAAAUUUGGGAUACUGCAGGUCAAGAGCAAUUUGCUGCUUUAGUACCGAUGUAUGCAAGAGGAGCUCAAGUUUGCAUCUUUGUAGCCUCUCUUGUUGAUCCUGCAUCCAUUAAACAUAUAGAAAACUGGCACGAAAGACUUAAUACAGCUGGAGAAAAUCCUCCUUUUAUUGUCGCAAUAAAUAAGAUUGAUAUCCCUACAGAUGCUUCAACAACCAUCGACCAAGUUAGAGAGGAAUAUUCUGAAAAGUAUCCGAACAUGUACUUUGUCUCAGCAAGAACAGGAGACUGCGUACACGAACUUUUCGCAGGUGCUGCACAAGAAGCUCUGAAAACUCUUAAAUUAAAAGAAGAAGAUGUUAGUGUUAACAUUGCUGAAAAUCAAAAGCCAGCAAACAAAGGCUGCUGUUAA